GCUAAGUAAGGCUCAGAAGGCACCUGUUUCGCUGUGGCCGGCCGAAUUUGUGCGUACUGCCUGACUUGUGCGGGCGCCAGCCCGGUGUCAAAGGCAGCCCUAUCGCCAAACGUACUAUCAUAAAUCCCACAAGAGACGUGAAAGUGUUAGAGCCUCCGAUCGCGUUCGUGAUGGACAGUUAACGUGAGAAACGCUACAUGCGAUAUGGAAGUUUUUUCGUGGUCUAUUAUUCGAUCAUAAUGUAUUUCGACAGAGGAUCAACGUUUACAUAGCUACCUUAGUACACACAACGUAGUAUACACACAGACGCCGCGUCAAGUCGGCAAACGCCGGUAACGCCGCGCCAGCCUCGCCUACCUCCCUGACCACUUUUCAUAUUUGUUAAAUUGGGCUUCUAUAACAGCUGCCAUGUAUUCGUGGUUUAAGGAGACCUGACACCUGGUCGCGUGUGUAUGCGGUGGGGGACUCAGAGUCUGGGCAGCUACUUGCCCGACGCUGGGUGCACCAGGGUCUUCUACGAAGCCUCACAGGCUUAUGGCGCUGCAGCCGUCGACAAGUAAGGCCAUUUCUCGAAACGGCCAGGUCGUCACAUCGACUGACUAUUUCAGCGUGCCGCGCUCCUCUGCUCGUUGUCGCUGGCCAGCGCUUUUCGACUACAGCAGCCUUUAAGACAGCUGGCAUUCCUUCGACUUGAUAAUGGAGUCGCAUACCGUCAGCGAGAAGGAGGCGCGCAGUCCAGGCGAGGCUGACGCAGGUGCCUCGCCUUCGAGAUACCUGCCACCUUGCGAGUCCCCGCGGGACCCCCCCGCCGCCGGUGAUCCGGGUGACAGCAAGGUGCCACCGUGCGGACAUACCCCAUCACCAUUCACCAGCACUAAUGCAGCCGUUGCUGGUCUUGACGUCCAGCGGCACGAGGACACGCACACAGCAGUCCAGGAAGCUCCCAAAACCACGAGUUGGGCGGAUGCGAGCUUUAGUAACCGUGCAGAGGACCGCGCGGAUGCAGCCGCGCAGUUGGACAAUGCCAGGGCGGGCGACGCCCUGCCACGCGGCGGCACUGCACGCCCAUCCACAGUCCGCGCCCUGUUUGACAACGUGUGCCGCCGUCUCGGCGACCGCGGCGGCAUCUCUCGCCUCGGCCUGGGCUCCGUGACCGCAGCCGCGGCGUGGCUCAUGCCAACCAACCGCCGCGGCAGCACCAGCGCAUGCAUUGGCGAUGACCUAGAGCUGGGCCCAGGUAACCCGCCAGGCGCCCGGUCCGCCAUCAGCCUGGUGCAGCCCUCCGGGCGGCAGCUCAGUGCCACACGCGACCUGCUGCCAGGCGCGGACCCGCACACAUCCCUCAGCGUGGACCGACACUUCCUGCGCGCAUGCGGGGGCAGGUACGCCGGCGGCAGCGGCAGCGCCGGCGCGCCGGACUCCUCGCCACUCUCAGCAGCAGCCGGGCCGUACGGCCAACAGCAGCACACCGGCGCGGCGUGUGCGGCCGGCGUUGUGCCUGGGCCGGCCGCCGGGAAGAGCCGCUACGGCGGCACCCCGGUGCCGCCGUCGCUACGGAUGGUGCUGGGUGCGGCGCAGGCGAGUGAGGCCAUGGCGUUGACGUCCAGCCCGGCGGCGAUGGGCGUCCCCACUGGCAUCUGCUCAAUCAACAUGCGGCGGGGCAGCGUCGGCUACGCGCCGGGGCCGGACUCCACAGACAGCUGCAGCAGCGCCAGCUCCAUCCCGGUGGCGCGCGACGGCUCAAAUGACACCUGGGCGCACAGCAGCAGCAACACGUCACAUGAUACGCUGGCCGCGCCACGUGCCUGCGCCAGCGCUGGGCCCCGCGACGUGCCCAGCCAUGGCUUUCCGCUUGGCAGCGCGCCCUGCACGCCGCCGCGACCGCUGCCCAGCCCCUCCCUGCCUCCGCCGCCCACAACCCUGGGCGCUGGCUCCGGUGCUGGCAUGCCGCCUGUGCCCAUGUCGCCGCCGUUGCCGGGCCUGUUCAAGCCACGGGCAAUGCCGGGCGAUGGGCUGCUGUACCUGGCGCCCGCCGCACGUGCCAGCAUGUGGAGCGCGGCACGUGGGGCGCGGUGGUCCCUGUCGCAGUACGACGUAGGCCGCAAGAUGUACACAGGCUACGCCAGCUCUGUACACAAGGCCGUGUGUCGGACUUCCGGCACGGAGGUUGUCCUGAAGCUGUACCAGCUCUCUUCACUGAGCGACUUCCUGCGUCACCAGGUCCUGCGCGAGCUGGAAAUUCACUCCCGGCUGCGCUGCCCAAGCACGGUGCAGCUCCUGGCCGCCUUUCGGGAGGGCGACACACUGGCGUUCGUGCUGGAGUACGUGCGCGGCGGCAGCCUGCAGGGCGUGCGGCGCAAGCUGGGCGGCCGCAUGAACGAGCAGUGGGCGGUGCAGCUGGUGGUGCUGCCGCUGCUGCGCGCCGUGGCCUACUUGCACCGCCAGGGCAUUGUGCACCGUGACAUCAAGCCCGAGAACCUGUUGUUCACGCCCGACUGGCGCCUCAAGCUGUGCGAUUUCGGCGUCUCGAUUGCACUGCAUGAGGAGCGCGCCGUCACACGCGCUGGCUCCCGCGAGUACAUGGCGCCGGAGGUCAGCGCCUGCCCGCUUAAGAACCUGCCGCAUGACAACAAGGCGGAGGAGGGCUAUUCGUACGGCUAUGCAGCCGACAUCUUCUCCAUUGGCGCCGUCGUGUACGAGCUAAUGACGGGCUUCCCGCCCUUCCCCUGCGGCCCGCCGCCGCUGCAGCGCCAGCCGGCAGUGCAGCUGCAGGCGCAGCCGCGCGAUGUGCCUCACGAGGGGGCGAAGGAGGACGGCAGUAAGGCACAGCACGGCGGCGCUCAGGGCGCUGGCGAGGACGCUGGCAGCGAUGGCCUUCGUGGCGACGGCUUAGGCGUGGCCGCCGUUGCGGCGGAGGGGUCUGCUGCCGCAGGCAGGAAAAGCGACGACUAUGAUGCAGAGGCAUUAUUGCGGCUGGCACCGCACCCACUGCAGCAACAGCCGCACGAGCGACACAAGGAGGAGGAGGCGCAGGGCACGGCGGAUGCAGCUGCAGCCUCCUGCGCCGCCGAGAAGGAGCAGCCGGAGGAGUCUUCAAAUGCAAGUCGUCCGCCAGUGACUCCACUGCGCGGCAGCAGCGUUGCCAGCGCCAAGGGCGCUUCGCUGGGUACAGCGAUAGCAGGGGUGCCGGGCGCAGGCAAGCCGCCGCCGCUGUCACGAGGCUCGUCCUCUACUGCAUCGCCGCCGCUGGCAUUUCCCUCGAGCGUCAGUCCCGCCGCGCGCUCUUUCAUUCGCACUUGCCUGGAGCCUCACCCAGGCGACCGGGCGAGCAUCGAUCAGUUGAUGGUCCACGAGUGGGUCGUGAACGCGCAGCAGGCAUGCAGAAGCGGGCCGCUGAGUCAAGCGGCAUCUGCCGUUGCUGAGGGCGAGCCACAGGAGCCCAUCCCGCAAUAAAGGAGGCACAGGAGGCAUGGGCGUAUAGUGCACGGGGGCCGUGGGGAUCUGGCCCCUGUGUCGGCUGUCGCUCCGAUGUCCUGCAUCUGCAUUGGGUGGUCCAUCUUCAUUCACAAGGGCGGCAUCAUUCAGGGUGGUGAUAAUGGCAGCAGACGUUUGGCUACAACUCAAGAUUUGCAUGUGCCUCUCCCUAAGUCCUCAGCAUUCUGCUUCACACCCAGCCACCCAUACAAUCCAUAAGCCAGUUCUCAUACACGCACACACACUCCUGCUGCAUGGUGCAUCGCUCAUAGCUUCCGGCAGGUCACACAGCAUAGUGGUGGUCAUGCACCAUGAGGAGGCCUCAUGACGGUUUGCAUUUCCCCCGGGAUACUGUCUGUGCGUGGCUUUGGUCCGUUUUGCGCAAUGGGGCAGUCUUCCAUCUUCGUGUCGCGUUGUAGGUGUGGGCUUUUGUUGGCUCGAGUGGUUGCGUGCCAACCCAGGGUUGUUGUCCUACCCCUAUUGCGAGACUUAUGUGAGCUGAAGUGUCAUUCGUCAAGAUGUGGACGUGCGCUCCUGUCAAUCCAUGUAUCAUAUGCACGCAAAGCAUAGCAGGGGAGAUUACUUGAUUAAAAGGUUUGAGGGUUUGAGCAGGUUUGCGCAGGUGCGGGACCUGUUCCCUUGUCGGUGGGAUACACAAAUUGUUGUAGAGGUGUGAGGGCGCUACGGAGUGGUGCAUUUGCUAGUCAUCUGCAUUCUGCUGGAGCGCCUGUGACACGCAAGCGUGUUGCACGGUGCAAGGCAUGGACUUGAUAUGGAUGGGUCGUCCCGCUGGUCGGGCAGCACAUGUCGCAGGUUGGCCAGCCCAUACAUGUGCGGUUUCGAUGGGUCACCCACGCCUGGGAGUCGCAUCUAGCAUUUGAGCACGUGCUCAGCCUUGUGUACACUGCUGAUGGUGGGCGGUUUGAAGCAUCGGUGGGGCAGCAAUGCAUGCUUGGAGAGAGCAGCAACAGCAUAAGAAUAGCGGUAGAAGUGUCGGAUGAACGGCAGCACAGGUAGACGCUCGAUUGCAUGCAGUGAUCACGCAGCGGUUACAUUAGAAGCACGGAGCUGAGUAAAACGUGCGGCGGUUUCAUAUUGCUACACUGUGCAUGUGAGAGUCUCUUCGAGCCUGCGUGCGUGUGGAUGGGUUGGUCUGCUGCUUCGGUACUUAUACUGCCAAGCGUGUAGUUAUUGAGGAGGUUCCAACACCAUUCAUUUCGUUACACCAUAUUCUUCGCUUCGCUUCACAUUACCUCAUGUGCCAUUGUAGUCGUCAAGGUGUUUGCGCCUGGGAGGGUGCUUUGAUUUGUUUUUCACGGGGGUUAGUCUUGCCAAAACCCUCAGUUUCACGCCCCAUCCAAACCCAUCAAGCUUAUAUAUAAUAGCAAAAUGCCCGAGGGCGAGGCUGAUCAUAUUAUUUAACGAAUGAGCUGCUACAAAGAAGGGCAGUCCAGGUGUAUGCGCAGGCAAUCGCCUGGGGUGCAGUGUGUGGGCAUGUCGUGGCAGCUGUGCCGGUGCAGGUGUGCAGACGCCUGCGCCGUGCCCUGCAUGAAUGCCACGCGCACGCAGUGUGGAGCAGCAGUGCGUGAAGAAUAUUGUGACCAACCUAGUGAACAUUGUGGUGAGGCAUGGUGCAGCGGCGAUAGCUAAGUACUUCGUGCGAAUGUGUCGCUGGUUUCGCUGGUUUGAACGUGUAAGGGGGUUUAAGAUCGCUGGUUUCGCUGAUUUUGUGCGAAUGUGUCGCUGGUUAGCCUGCCAGCGGCGGCGCUUGCGCGGUACGGCGGUAGCGUGCGAUAUUGACAAGGUAUGGUAGGGUGGACCCGUGGAUGAAUCCGGCUGCAGCGUGUGGCAGUGAUGUAUUGAUGGUGAUGAUGUUGUUACAGGUGGAUGUGUGGUCAUCUCAAAACCUGCACCUGAAUGGAGCCGGGCUCUUCGCCCCAAAACACCAUAAAACGUCUUAGCAGUCCACAGAAAGAUGGGAUUCAAACAAACUGGGAGGCAAUCAGAAGUAUCAUAUGUGCUUGUAAAAACUGUGUGUG